AUGAUUGUUCUUGACUUUGAAUUAACAUGCUGGAAAGACAAGAAAAUGAACUAUGGUCCUGAGAUCAGUAAGUCAUCAAUAGUAUGAGCUGAUUGUGUAGGAACUCAGGGCUCCAUUCAAUGACCUGAGUUUGGAUAGAGUGCGAGCCAGCGAGCCAUGCGAGCCAUGCGAGUCAUACAAGCGAGCCAUACGAGCCAUGCGAGCCAUGGCAGCGAGCCAUGCGAGCCAUCUGAAAACCUAUCUACACGAACGAUGAAACCGUAUCGUUUUCAAAACGCGCAAAGCGUUUGUAACAUGUUUCUAAAUCCUUUCUCUUGAUUACGUGGUAUGCCACUUUUAAAAAACUUCAAGAAAAGACAGUUAAGGUUUUAACACCAGAAUUUAAAGUAUUAAAUAUAUUUUUGUUCGUACAGAAACAAUGACAACAAACACUGAUAGAAGCAACGGUUUCUUUCCCCGCUUAGAUCGAUGUUUAGCGUGAAACCACGCUUCUUGCUUCAACGAGACACUGCGUGCGUUGAUUUGCCAUCUGCGAACUAAAUAAAAUACAUAAAACAUUAGCAAUGAUGAAUAAUUCAUUGCACAAAACAUCUGACAACAGACUAAAGCAACGGUAAAUCAGGUAAAUACUCACUUUUAGAAGCAGUUUAUAUACCUGCCAACUUUUUCUGAGAUAUAAGCGUGAGAUUUUUAUCCUGGGAGUGCUGGGAUUUUUGAAGACGACACGAUCAUUUCCGAAGAUUCCCGAAGAAGUCCGAAGUCUUCCGCAGACGUCUGAAGUCUGCCGAAGGCGAAGUUUUCACUUGCUUUUCACUUCAAAAUUCAGAGAUCGCGAGGAAGGUAUUGUCAUUUAUUCAUUUUACACAUGGUUUUCGUUCCUUACAUUGGUCUGAGUUAACAUAUUUUUGGAAAUUGUGUCAAGCAAGACGGCAACAACUCACAUUUUUCAAUCAGGCGUGAGAAAUUGGCCCGCAAGCGUGAGCCGGCGUGAGAUCGAAGUUUUCAACCCGCAGGCGUGAGAGUUGGCAGGUAUAAGUUUAUUGCUAGAUUGAUUCGACUGAACUGGAUUGUCCAAAAGGAUUGAAGAUUUUUUGAAGAUCCGGCCACGAGCACGCUGAACGGUUCGCAAGAACGAAACAGGAGAGAAAGACUAUCAGAGAGGGGAGAGAAAGUCAAAAUUUGUCGCUCUCCCUCGACCCAGACUGUUCGCGUCCAAAAUAACAUGGCCACGGCGUGAGCCAUCGCGGUUUAAUAUUCGCGAUUGAAAGCACAUUUCCAGCAGCAAAACCAAUUACAAAACGAACUAUUUCCAAUUAGAAUAUUAUUAAAAAUUUAUAUUUUCCGAUGGCUCGCAUGCCUCGCAUGGCUCGCACGCCUCGCAUGGCUCGCUGGCUCGCAGAUUAUCCGGACCCAAUGACCUUCUUCAGCAUGUGCUAGGUGAACAUUUUCCUCAGAGACUCUGAGGCUGUCAUAGCAAAAAUUUUGGUUUUGAAAACUACUUUCGGUAACCCAUCAAAUUGACCGAUAGUCAUCUUGCCUGAAGAUACUGUGUCAUGUGAAACCACAGUUAUGUUACCUGAAAGUUUAUAUUAAUAUAGUUAUGUCACCCAAAAUUUUAUCAGGCACAAUACACAGAGAAAUAAAAAUGAGUAUAGGAGUGUGUGAAAAAUAUCUAGCUCUUGAAGCCAUGAGACAUAACAAUGCAAUUUAUGUGUAUAUUGUAUGUGCUAUGAUGAGACAAAAGAAGUCUGACAAGUGAGUAAUGUAUCUCGUUCUUUAAGCCUUGAUAAGCAAAAGAAGUGCUCAUUUCUGGUGACUUUAUGCUAACAACUGACUUGAUAGCCUCACUGAAUAUAACACCAGAAUUAAAGAUUGAAAAACUGACAAUUUGAACCCUAGCUCUACAUUAAUAAAGUGAGUCGGGACUUUAAGUGUAGUGCACACACUGUUCGGAUUUAAUCAAAAUUAAAUUGAGGAAUUCCCUUUUUGUUCACUGUUGAUACUAUCUGGUGCUAUAUGAUUGUUAGCUCGGACAUCUUCCAUGCAUCCCUGGUGGGUGGUUGGUUGGUUGCGGGGAGUUGGAGGGUCCAAACCUUCUGACUCCCGUACCUUGCAUUAACAGCUCCUGUCCUUUUUCCUUGGCUUCCCCUUUAGCACUGUUUUCAUUGCAAUUAUUGAGUAAUUUCUCCCACUUCCUCUCCUUUUAGAACUCUCAUCUCCCACAGUACCCUUUCCUCUCCUGCCUUCUGUACCCCUCCUGCCCCCUAUUGUCCCGGGACUCCCUUCUCCCUGUCCUCACCCAUUGUUUUGCUUGUUAAGCAAAGGAAGACUUACAUGUAAGAGAUAACAAUGUGUUACUUAGGAUCUUUUACUUAGGCUAAUGUACCUUAUUGUUUUCCUUAAUAUGUUUGUCAUUUAUUUUGUUUUUGUUUUGAGCAGUUGAAUUUCCUCCUGUGCUUCUAAAUACUUCCACUGGUGAGAUGGAAUCAGAAUUUCACAUGUUCGUACAACCAAGUGAGCACACAAGACUUAGUGAGUUCUGUACAGAGCUAACAGGUAUCACUCAGGUACAGUAGCCUACACUUUUAAUUGUUUCCUUCUGAUCCUGUUGCACAUUUAAUCAGAAGUUACGGAUCAUAUAAUUAAGCUCGAAUUAGCAUCCACCUCCGAAUAAGAUUAUUACCCCCUCUUCAAUUUAGCACCCUCCUACAGUACAGACCAUGGGCAUUGCAACACUUACAAGUGUGUAAAUUGUGUACAAUAUGGUAGAUUUCCACGCCAAAAACUCCUGUGUAAUUUUUUUGCACAAGCUCUUACACGCAGCCUUUCUACCCUCAAAUUUUCGUGUAUUUUUAUGGUGACUGAUUUUGCUUGUUGUACAUGUAAAUACACGCAAGUUGUGUGUACAGUGUAUUUCUUUACAACAGCAAAUGGCAGGAGCCCAUGAUGGCUGAUGUAAAAUUAAAAAUAUUUGAUAAGCACUCCCUUGAAUAAGUGAUUAAACCCCACGAUCAGAUUUUAAACAAAGAUGAAAAUGAGCCCACAGAGAAUUUGACAAAAUGGUGCAAAUUUGUGACAUGGUCAGGUAUUUGAUUGAAUUCUCUACGAUCAGUCCAGUUCUAUCUCAAUUUUCUCCUCCUAAAGGGCAAUUUCAAUGUGCAUGUUAUGAAAUAAUUGAUUAUUAGUUCACCAGGGGUUUCAAUAAUCACUGACGACUGAUGAAACACAUCGGCUUCCUUUGCUUAGAGGAGUCGGCUACCUUUUCCUCCUUAAUUGAAAGCUGGAAAUAAAGUAUAAAAUUAAAGAUAGAUUCUGUCAAAACUGAAAUUUAAAUUCAAUUUGCUGGACCUAGACAGGCCUUUUGCUUCAGAUUUAAAAUGUUAAAGAAAAGUUGGGACUUCCUGUGCAUUACUUCCCCAAAUUGAUUGAAAAUACAUUAUCUUUUGCACUUAAUCCGGUGCCCAGAAUGCUUGAAUUGCAUUUAAAGGUAUUGAAAUUUCGAAAUUUUCCAGGGGUGCACGCCCCCAGACCUCUCUAGAAGAAGGGGAGUAAAAGCCUAUUUUUGAUACAACCAGUCACUUUUUUAAAACCAGCUGGCUACUUCCAUUUUUAUUGAAACCCCUGGUUCACUGAUAGAGAUGUAGGAAUAAAGAGAAGGGAGUCAAGUUAUUAUAAUAAAAAUAAAGUUUUUUAUCUUCAGAGAAACUUUUAUACAUGUAGUUUAGUACUAAACAACUAGAAGAAGCAUUUCAGACAACUACAAAAUUUGAAAAAAAGCACCGGGGCUUAUUUUUCAAAGGCCUGCGUUAGGCCUAUAUUGGAUAUUUUUGACUAUUGAGUCAUUUAGAUCUCUGAUUUUGUUUCCUUUAAAAUCAACAUAUAUUCAAUGAUGAAGAUUGGGAUUUGGGAACUUGUCUCAAGAAUGAAUGCUACAGAAAGUAG